AUGGUAACAUUUUUGAAGAAACCGUGCAGUUGCCGAUUACCUUCAGAACUGCGGAUAUUUGGAAUCGUUGCAGAUUUUCAAACAGGAAGCAAGCUUGUGCAAAUCGAUAGUCGGCAGUUAAAUCAUCUUUGCCUUGCUGAUAACAUCGUCCUUAUAACACCAAACAUUGGCAAAGCGGAACGUAUGCUUGACGACUUUGAUAAAGCCUGCGGAAAGGUUGGUCUUCGACUAAUUCUCACAAAAACGAUGUUCAUGAGGAACGGUUUGGUUUCGUAUGCCCCAUUCACGCCCAAGGGAACGAAUGUCUCCGAAUGCUCCAGUUAUGGCUGUCUAGGUCGCGAAAUCAAUAUGAUGAACGACUUAGCUCCAGAGUUGGGCAGAAGGAAACGACCGCUCUGGGAGGCUUUCAAGAGCAUCGAGGAUGCAGUAAAGAGGACAAAGAACACCCGACUCCGUGCCUACCUUUUCGACUCAACGGUACUUCGUACCCUAACGUAUGCGUUGGAAACAUGGUCACUGCGUAAGUGGAAUGAAAGAUCACUCAUCGUUAUAGAACGUGCAGUCGUCGAAAGGACGAUGCUAGGAGUAUCCCGUUUCACGCAAGUAAGGGAAGAGAUCCAAAGACCCGACCUGCGUCAACGAUCAAAAAUCAAAGAUGCCUUUCUGUACGCCAAACAGUCGAGGUUAAGGUGCUUUAGAGAGAAGCGGCAACCCUCAGAAUGGAUUCCACGUCCACCGGAACGGUAUGCACUCACGGGACACCGAGCACCAAUCACUCGCGUGAUUUUCCAUCCCAUCUGGAACGUGAUGGCAAGCUGUAGUGAGGAUUCCACUAUCAAGGCAAGUCAUUCUGGGAAUUUAUAUGGAAUAUGGGACUAUGAGACUGGUGAGUUUGAGCGUUCAUUGAAAGGCCACACAGAUGCCGUUCAGGACAUAGCAUUUGACAAGACUGGAAAACUACUCGUAUCAUGCUCGGCUGAUAUGUCAAUCAAAGUAUGGGAAUUUGGCAGUUCGUAUGCAUGCGUAAAAACGUUGAAGGGUCAUGAUCACAACAUUUCGUCGGUAUCCUUCUUACCGUCAGGUGAUGGUAUUCUGUCUGCAAGCAGAGACCACACAAUCAAGUUGUGGGAGGUGGCUUCUGGAUAUUGCGUGCAUACUUUCCGAGGACAUUCUGAAUGGGUGCGAAUGGUGCGCGUUUCUUCUGAUGGUUUACUUUUUGCGUCCGCCAGUAACGAUCAGUCAGUGAUAGUGUGGUCACUACAGUCAAAGAGUGUGAAAGCAACGCUUCGUGAACAUGAACAUGUCGUGGAGUGCAUAGAGUGGGCUCCGGACACAGCACUUGCACCCAUCAGGACAGAAGCGGGCCAUAAAGCGAACGGCGACUUUGGUGCCGGUCCGACGCACGUCGUUGUAAGUGGAUCAAGAGAUAAGACAAUUAAGGUUUGGGAUGCGUUGACGGGUACGGUCAUGUUUUCGCUCAUCGGCCACGACAACUGGGUUCGCGGGUUGCGUUUUCAUCCUCGUGGGAAGUUCCUUGUCUCUGUCGCCGAUGAUAAGACGUUACGAGUAUGGGAUGUAGCGCAAAGACGCUGUGCCAAGACGAUUGACGCUCAUCAGCAUUUUGUCACUAGUGUCGACUUCCAUGCCACAGCGCCGUUCGUGAUCACAUCCAGCGUAGACAUGACAUGCAAAGUAUGGGAAUGCCGAUAA